UUAAAGAUGGAGUGCGCAUCUACUGGUGUAUUUACGGUAGGCGCACUUGCUAGCGCUCGCGGUCACAUAUGUUGCCAGAAGUUCGGGACGCGGUGCCAUCGACGCUUCUGCCUCGUUCUUCAUCCCCGUCCUGCGUCUUUGCCGCCUGUAUUUUGGUUCAUCCAGACCCAGCGGAGCUCCGGGCCCGCCAUCGCCGCUGGACGUCGUUGUUUCCUCGGACUGACCCAGCAGCUAAGAGCCGACCUCCAGCUUUAGAGAUCAGGUUCUAAAUCCGAGCCGGUUAUAUCACCUGGUACCGCAGCUGCGUGGCUUCUAUUUAGGUCCAGUGGAGCCGUUCGAUUCUGUCGUAGCUAGAAAUUCAAACGUCCGUGUUCAUGCCAGAUCUGCAGCGCUUCAGUUUUCCAUACCAUAGCAUGAAUCCUUUGUUGGGGGCCAACACGCAUCUCCAACACCCUCCUCAGCAGAUCCACAGCCCCGGACACCCAGAUUCACCAUCCGGUCUGCUGCCUGAUCCAGUCUUCGGUGGAUCAGAUCCCGCACUUCUCCUGGGUGACCUCCCCGCCUCUGGGCCUGAGCAGCCGGGGCCUGACUUCCCUGCAGCCCCCCCUUACCUCCAUCACUACCAGCACCGCUCAGUGCACCAUCCUCCUGCUGCCAUGGCGCUUAGAAACGACCUGGGCUCCAACAUCAGCGUCCUCAAGACCCUCAACCUGAGAUUCAGAUGCUUCCUUGCCAAGGUGCACGAGCUGGAACGCAGGAAUAAGAUUCUGGAGAAGCAGCUGCAGCAAGCUCUGGAUGCCAACACAUGCUGCAGUGGAUGUUGUGAGAGCAGGAGUACUCAGGAUGCUGGGGUGCAGACCGGCUUUGUGGGCACCAUCCCGCUCAGACCGGGCUCCCUUUCCUUCCACAACACCAACAAUUCGGCUAGAAGGCCCACCACUCUCUUCCCUCCGCCAGUACCGCCAUCGGAACCGCCCAGCUCGACCCAAACCUCUCAGCACCCAGCCAUCACCAUCAGCCAGGCCUCUCCUAGUGUGUCCUCUCCAGGCUGCAGGACUGUCGGCAGCAGCGCCGGCACUGGCCCAGUGGGGUGUUCUACCCUGGCUCCCCGGUUCCUCCCAGGCACCAUCUGGUCGUACAACCACGCCCGCAAGUUGGGUCCGGGCGCAGAGAGGCUGACCAGUCCUGGAGUGUCCUGGGUUCACCCUGAUGGAGUCGGCGUUCAGAUUGACACCAUCACCCCUGAGAUCCGAGCGCUCUACAACGUCCUGGCCAAAGUGAAGCGUGAGCGAGAUGAGUACAAACGCAGGUGGGAGGAGGAGUACACCAUGAGGAUGGAUCUGCAGCAGAAGAUUGCAGAUCUGCAAGAGGACCUGCAGGAGAGUGAAGGCUGUCAGGAUGAGCUGGCUCUCAGAGUCCAGCAGCUGAAGGCUGAGCUGGUCCUCUUCAAAGGCCUCAUGAGCAACAACUUUUCGGACCUGGACUCAAAGAUCCAAGAGAAGGCCAUGAAGGUGGACAUGGACAUCUGCCGGAGGAUCGACAUCACGGCUCGCCUGUGCGACGUGGCGCAGCAGAGGAACUGCGAGGACGUGAUCCAGAUGUACCAGGUCCCCAACAACCAGCCGUCGCUGACCUGCCGCCGCAAACAAACCCCGCUGUCCAUCAACGGGAGCGAAGGGGAGGAGCCUGUGAGCACGUCGGAGAGUGACGGAGGAGUGGCGAAGGAGGAAGAGCACGUGGGCUCCUCGACCAAUCACAUCAACGAGGAGAUGCAGAGGAUGCUGAAUCAGCUGCGCGAGUGUGAAUUUGAAGACGAUUGUGAUAGUUUGGCCUGGGAGGAGACGGAAGAGACCCUGCUGCUGUGGGAGGAUUUCCCAGGAUGCACUUUACCUCCAGACCCCACCCACCCACCUGGAGAGAUUUUGGUCUCCCAGGACGACUGUCUGGAGAAAGUCAUCAACGACACGGAAUGUCUGUUCAAGUCCAGAGAGAAGGAAUAUCAGGAGACCAUCGACCAGAUCGAGCUGGAACUGGCCACAGCCAAGAGCGACAUGAACCGUCACCUGCACGAGUACAUGGAGAUGUGCUCCAUGAAGAGAGGCUUGGAUGUUCAGAUGGAGACCUGCAGGAGGCUCAUCACACAGACGGGAGACAGCACCCCUGCGGUCCCGGCUCCUCCCUCCGACGACGGCGAGCAGAGAGACAGCGACAGAAGCUCCGCCUCCCCUCCGUCCUCCAACUCUGGACGAUCUUGACACCUGCUCACCCGUGCAGAAUGAAUCAUCACGUGACCUCCUCACCUGGCUGCAGCACCGUCAUCUCUCACACCCCUGCUUCAGCAGUCACUCGUCUUCAUGGUAUUCUGCUCCGGUCUGCUCACGGGUGUAAGCUAGGGAGAGCAGCGACAUCACUUCCUCACGCGAGACUUUAGCUGAAGCGUACUUUAGCACAUGAUAUAAAAAGCUUCUCCCAAACAUCCUCCUCAAAAUGAACUGCUGUAGUUUCCAUUCUUGAUGUGGCAACAGACCGCACUUUGACUCCCAACAAGUGUAGACUAAACCAUCAGUCUUUGUUGUGUUCACAGAGGAAAGUUCAAAGCUCUGUUUGUUUUGUUCUCAAGUUGCUCGUCCCCUGACAUAAUGUCUUGUUUGGAGUGACACUGUGAGUUGGGUUGUUGUUACUCAUGCAGUGGUAGUGAUGCAGGAGUGGAAACGAAUCUGAUGUCAUCUAUCAGCUUUUUACUGCCUUAGCGCUGCUGGCUUGGCAACAACUGCGGCCCCCUUUACGCUCCGCUGUUCUCCUGUUGGAGUCAUGAACACUUUUACUCACAACAUCCAGGAGAUGGUCGUGCUGCUUGAGUCAGCUGGUUGCGCUAGUUUGUGUGAGCUACGGUUCCGUUUUAUGUGGCUCUUAAUGAAAUGUAUUAUUUAUGUAAAGUGCACCAACAACUAGCUAAACAUUAAACAUUUGUUGGACAGGGGCCUUAAACUGCGAAGAACAUUUUGGCCCCUACUUCAUUGAGUUGCCGCGGAACUAAACCAAAGCUCGAUGCAGGUGGUUUUGUGGCAGUCGCUGAUUAAAAACACACAACAAUAGAUUAGUUUGACCAGGCUUUAGAUCAUGUGUCACUCAUCGUAUUAUAUGGUAAUAAAACUGACGGAGGUUCAUUGCAUCCAAACUACAUCUAUGAUAUUAAAUUCACAUUGGAUCAGAAGUGUAAAGGGGGCCACUUGUUUUCAGGCUAAACAUGGUGCGAUGCUUCCUCAAGGGCCAAAACAAGUCCUAACAACAAGUCACAGGAUCCGUCCUUGAGACCAUGUCCUGUUUGUGCUGCAUGGUCGAGUGCCAAAAAGAGCAGAAAAGAGGAGUUUGAAAGAGAAAAAAAGCUGCUGCCGAUGUUCCGCCCAGGGGUUCAGUGUGACCGAUGUACAUAGUUGAAACUUGAGCCUGUAAGAUUUUGCACAUGAACGAAGAGCAACGCAAAUGAAACAAUCAGCACUAUUGUAAACAGACAAGUAGAUUAUCGAAUUGACCUCAUGUUUACUUUAUUUCGGCACAUUGGAAGUUUUUGAGACAUCCCAUAAUGUCACCGCUGUAAAUGAGGCUGAACAACUAGAGGUUCUUCUGUGGUGUUUGACACAGAUCUGAGUUCUGUCAGUUUAACGUCCUGCAUGUGUGAAAGUCCUCGCAGUUUGAGUGCGAGGUUCCAUGUUAUGCUUUUCCUUCUCUCCUCAGUUAUUUAGAGUUUUGAGAAACAUUCUGAGGUGUGAAAGUGUGGACUGGAAGCUGGGUCAUUUAGCGUCCCUGGGCUCCUUCACUCACAGUUGUGCUUUGACCUAUUACGCCCCCUGGUAACGUCACCUGAUGUAACAAUACUCCAGUUGAAUGGGAGAAUCCUCACCACCCCGCAAUCCAAGAUGGCUUCCCUGAACAUGAACAGGAAGUUUUUUCAAGCGUGACAGUAGUGUUCAUGGACGUCACUAUCUUUUUUUCCGACUUGGAUAAGUGGGACACCCUGAACUUGGCUGCGACGUCCUUCCAGCUCCAACUUCCCACUUCCGAGGUCACUGGAACGCAGCGUAACACCAACAAUAAUGUUGUUUUUCUACUAAAAAUCUGCUGUCCAGGGGCUCCAUAGUUUGGUGGACAUGGUGUAAUAUGGAACCUUUCAGGGAGUGAACCACAGUGACUGCAUGGAACUACAUGUUUUACCAGUAGAGCUGCACGACAUGUUGAAACCACAUCUCUGAUUUGUUUGAGCUCCGUUCCUUCCUGCGGUAUACAGCUGAUUUCUAAAUAUCAAUGAUUUAAAUGAUACUCUAUUUUGCCUUUAUAAAACUAUUGAUGGGUAUUGUCUUGAUAGUGAUCAGAUAGUAUAGCAAGCUACAGUUUAGCUACGCGUUAGGGUUAGCCUCUCCAGUCAGGUGGGCGCCUUAGCUUGUCAUAGCUAGCUUGGCUUCGCUAGCUUGGCUUGAGAGUUUUGAAUCAACAAACGUGUUAAACUGAAUCCUGACACCACACUCGCAUCGAAGACUGGCGUGUUGUAGGCUGGCGAGUAGAUGUGAUGUAUGCGGAUGUGAUCGCGUUCGACACCCCUGGACCUUAAAAUCCUUAACUCUGCUAAGCUAGCUAGCUGACAGCGCUAGUCUCUCAUAUGUCGUGCAGCUCUAGUUUUGGAGUCCUUCCUGUUGGAACCUUAAAUAGCUCAAUGCUUCUAAAUCAAACUUGAACUUGUGUUUCCAUCCUUUGAGUGUAAAUAAUAAUUGGUGAAGUUGUUGAAUGCAAACGCUUUAGCUGACUGAAUAUACGACGGCUUUGUUCUCAUAGUUGUCGGGGUGGUAAUAUUAUCAUAGCUUUGUGUGACAAAUGCCGGGAAACCUCGCAAAUCUAAAAGAAUGGACCUCACUGGAAUUAUAGUACGACAUUUAUGGUUCUAUGUAGAUAAUACCGGUGUGACGGCGCAGCUCCAAGCGCCGUGGUAACGUGAGAAUAAACAAUGU